GGGGGCGUGGCUUCCGGCGGCCAGCGCCUGCGAGUGCGAGCGGCUGGGUCUAGCUGAGGCGGCGGCUGACAGGAGCUCCUCCCCGGUCGGCUGCGGCUGGUGCUUAGGCGAACCAGCGGCCCUCAGCUCGUGGCCCCGCGAGGCUCCAGGGCCGCACCGUGGGAUGGACGAGGGGAAGAUGGACGAGAAUGAAUGGGGGUACCACGGUGAAGGCAACAAGAGCCUGGUGGUGGCCCACGCACAGCGUUGUGUGGUGCUUCGUUUUCUGAAGUUUCCUCCUAAUAGGAAGAAGACCUCGGAAGAAAUAUUUCAGCACCUACAGAACAUAGUGGACUUUGGCAAAAAUGUCAUGAAAGAGUUUUUGGGAGAGAACUAUGUUCAUUGUGGGGAAGUUGUUCAGCUGCCUUUAGAUUUUGUGAAACAGCUUUGUUUAAAGAUACAGUGUGAAAGACCAGAAUCUCGCUGUGACAAGGACCUGGACACUCUCAGUGGUUAUGCUCUGUGCCUUCCCAAUUUAGCCAGACUUCAGACCUACCGUUUCGCAGAGCACCGGCCGAUUCUGUGUGUAGAGAUCAAGCCAAAAUGUGGGUUUAUUCCUUUCUCCAGUGAUGUUACGCAUGAGAUGAAGCAUAAGGUGUGUCGUUACUGCAUGCACCAGCACCUCAAGGUAGCAACUGGGAAGUGGAAGCAGAUAAGUAAAUAUUGUCCCCUCGAUCUCUACUCAGGAAAUAAACAGAGAAUGUACUUUGCUUUGAAAAGCUUGUUACAGGAGGCACAGAACAACUUAAAGAUCUUUAAGAAUGGUGAGCUGAUUUAUGGUUGUAAAGAUGCCCGCAGCCCUGUGGCUGACUGGAGUGAACUUGCACACCACCUGAAGCCAUUCUUCUUCCCAUCCAAUGGCCUGGCCAGUGGGCCCCACUGCACAAGGGCCGUGAUCCGGGAGCUGGUGCGUGUCAUCACACGGGUGCUACUGAGUGGCUCGGACAAGGGCCGGGCGGGCGCCCUCAGGUCGGGCCCUGGGCUGCGGGGCCCACCCGUCUGUGAAGCCAGCCCUUUCAGCAGGAGCCUGCGCUGCCAAGGAAAAAACACCCCGGAGCGCUCAGGGUUACCGAAGGGCUGUCUUCUGUACAAAACCCUCCAGGUGCAGAUGUUGGACCUGCUGGACAUUGAAGGCCUCUACCCUCUGUACCGGCGGGUUGAGCGGUACCUGGAGGAGUUUCCUGAGCAGAGAAAAACAUUGCAAAUAGAUGGGCCUUAUGAUGAAGCAUUUUACCAGAGGCUGGUUGAUCUUUCCACUGAGGAUGAUGGCACAGUGGCUUUUGCACUGACAAAGGUUCAGCAGUACCGUGUCGCCAUGACUGCGAAAGACUGCUCCAUCAUGAUCGCACUCUCUCCUUGUCUGCAGGAUGCAAGCUCCGAUCAAAGGCCCAUUGUCCCUUCAUCAAGAUCCAGGUUUGCCUUCUCCGUGUCUGUGCUGGAUCUUGACCUCAAGCCCUAUGAGAGCAUUCCUCAUCAGUAUAAACUGGAUGGCAAGAUAGUCAACUAUUAUUUAAAGACUGUACAUGCCAAAGACGCCACCGUGAUGUCGACUAGGUUCAAGGAAAGCGAAGAUUGCACAUUAGUUCUCCAUAAGGUCUAACUUUUUUCCUGUAGUGGUUUUGAAACUUGAACAUAGAAUGU